GCGGGGCGGUGGAUGCCGAGCCCUCCUCGCCCCGGCAGCCAGCGGGCAGCUGUCCUGCGGCCGAGACCCGCGGAGCCGGACCGGCGCGCUCGCACGGACACGGGGACGCACGGGCGUACAGGGGCACACACGCACGCCCGGGGUGCGGGAGGGGGGGGGGGCAAGCCGAAGAUGCUGCAGCUGGGCAAGGUCAGGACCUUGCGGUGAAGCCCAGGGCUGUCGCUCGCCCCCCCCCUUUCCCCCCUUUCCUCCUUGCCUGACGGACUGAGGAUUUGCUGCUGGGUUUUGGUAUAUGUUUGGGAGCAAGCAGGCUGAAUCGGCGCCGAUCGAAACUAUGCCUGUUCCAGAACAGCCCUCGUCUUCUGACAAGACAAGUUCCCUUAGUCCUGUGUUGAACACAUCCAAUGGCGAUGGCUCUGAAACUGAGACAACCUCUGCCAUUCUAGCUUCAGUCAAAGAACAGGAACUGCAGUUUGAGAGACUGACUCGAGAACUUGAGGCUGAACGUCAGAUUGUAGCUAGCCAGCUGGAGAGAUGUAAGCUUGGAUCAGAAACUGGAAGCAUGAGCAGCAUUAGGGGGGAGAAGGAAUGGAAAGAAAAGGAGAGAAUUGUUUACAUGGAAAGAGGCGAAGGUGAAGAGCCGUGUGAAGGGGGGUUUCUUGGAAGGAGUUCAACAGAAGAGCAGUUUCACUGGCAAACACAAGAUGGUCAGAAGGAUAUAGAAGAUGAACUCACCACUGGUCUGGAGCUGGUGGACUCAUGUAUUAGAUCACUGCAGGAGUCAGGGAUACUUGAUCCACAGGACUAUUCAUCCAGUGAAAGGCCCAGCCUCCUCUCCCAGAGUGCACUCCAACUCAAUUCCAAACCUGAAGGAUCUUUCCAGUACUCAGCUAGCUACCACAGCAACCAGACCCUCGCCCUGGGUGAAACAGCAGCCGCCCAGCUCCCGUCCCGCAGCAGUCAGGCCAGAGGUGCCAUCCAGAGCUACAGCCAGCAGGGCCCGGGGGGCCGCGGCGCCCACCCGGGCGGCCCGGAGCCGCCGCCGCCGCCCGCCGCCCCGCAGCCGCGGGAGCCCUUCGCGCCCAGCCACGGCAGCGCCUUCCACCUGCCCGAGCCCCAGCACGCCGCCGCGCUCUACUACGCCAGCUCCACGCUGCCGGCGCAGCGGGUGAGCUCCCCGCUGCCAGCCCAGCCCGGCGGCUCCCCCACCAAGCUGCCGCGGGCCGGCUCCGCCGCCGAGGGCGCCGCCUACGCCACCGCGCAGCGCCUCUCCUCCCCGAAGCAGUCCCCCAGCCGCCUGGCCAAGUCCUACAGCACCAGCUCGCCCAUCAACAUCGUCGUCUCCUCGGCGGGACUGUCGCCGUCCCCCAUCCGAGUGACCUCCCCGCCCACCGUCCAGUCUAACAUUUCCUCCUCUCCUAUCCACCAGUUAAGCUCCACCAUCGGCACUUACGCCACCCUGUCGCCUACCAAGCGGCUGGUUCACGCUGCCGAUCAGUACAGCAAGCACUCCCAGGAGCUGUACGCCACCGCCACCCUGCAGAGACCCGGCUCCCUCGCAGCUGGGUCUCGGGCAUCUUACAGCAGCCAGCACAGCCACCUUGGCUCCGAGUUAAGGGCACUGCAGUCUCCGGAACACCAUAUAGACCCUAUUUACGAAGACAGAGUUUAUCAGAAACCCCCUAUGAGGAGUCUCAGCCAGAGUCAGGGGGACCCUCUGCAACCAGCACACGCCGGCACAUAUCGCACUAGUACAGCCCCAUCUUCCCCUGGUGUCGACUCCGUACCCUUACAGCGCACAGGCAGUCAACACGGCACACAGAACGCAACAGCGACCUUCCAGAGGGCCAGCUAUGCGGCCGGCCCAGCCUCCAAUUACGCAGACCCCUACCGACAGCUGCAGUAUUGUCCUUCUGUUGAAUCACCAUACAGCAAAUCUGGGCCAGCCAUCCCACCCGAAGGGACCUUGGCUAGGUCACCUUCCAUUGAUAGCAUUCAGAAAGAUCCCAGAGAGUUUGGAUGGCGGGAUCCAGAGCUUCCAGAAGUUAUACAGAUGUUACAGCAUCAGUUUCCCUCAGUACAGUCAAAUGCUGCAGCCUACUUACAACACCUGUGUUUCGGAGACAAUAAAAUAAAAGCAGAGAUAAGAAGACAAGGCGGAAUACAAUUACUGGUGGACCUAUUGGACCAUCGGAUGACAGAAGUCCACCGUAGUGCCUGUGGAGCUUUGAGAAACUUGGUAUAUGGGAAGGCAAAUGAUGACAACAAAAUUGCUCUGAAAAACUGUGGUGGUAUCCCAGCAUUAGUACGGUUACUCCGCAAGACUACAGAUUUGGAAAUCAGAGAACUGGUCACAGGAGUUCUCUGGAAUCUGUCCUCCUGUGAUGCACUGAAAAUGCCAAUCAUCCAAGAUGCCCUCGCAGUGUUGACCAAUGCAGUGAUCAUCCCUCACUCUGGAUGGGAAAACUCUCCACUCCAGGAUGAUCAUAAAAUACAGCUCCAUUCAUCACAGGUGCUGCGCAAUGCCACAGGGUGCCUAAGGAAUGUCAGCUCUGCUGGAGAGGAGGCCCGCAGAAGAAUGAGGGAGUGUGAUGGCCUGACAGAUGCAUUGCUGUACGUGAUCCAGUCUGCUCUGGGGAGCAGUGAAAUUGAUAGUAAGACCGUUGAAAACUGUGUGUGCAUUUUGAGGAACCUCUCAUACAGGCUAGCUGCAGAAACAUCUCAGGGACAGCAGAUGGGAACAGAUGAACUUGACGGAUUACUCUGUGGUGAUGCCAAUGGAAAAGACACAGAGAGUUCAGGGUGCUGGGGGAAGAAGAAGAAGAAAAAGAAAUCACAAGAUCAGUGGGAUGGUGUAGGACCUCUCCCAGACUGUGCAGAACCACCCAAAGGAAUCCAGAUGCUGUGGCACCCUUCAAUAGUCAAACCCUACCUCACACUUCUUUCUGAGUGCUCAAAUCCAGAUACGCUGGAGGGGGCAGCAGGGGCACUACAGAACUUGGCUGCUGGGAGUUGGAAGUGGUCAGUGUACAUCCGUGCUGCUGUCCGCAAAGAAAAAGGAUUGCCAAUAUUGGUGGAACUGCUUCGAAUAGACAAUGACCGGGUGGUAUGUGCAGUUGCUACAGCUUUACGAAACAUGGCCUUAGAUGUCAGAAAUAAAGAGUUAAUAGGCAAAUAUGCCAUGAGGGAUCUGGUCCACCGACUGCCAGGCGCUAACAACAGCAACAGCUCAGCGAGCAAGGCCAUGUCUGAUGACACCGUUACUGCCAUUUGCUGCACUCUGCAUGAAGUCAUCACUAAAAACAUGGAGAAUGCCAAGGCCUUACGAGACGCAGGCGGCAUUGAGAAACUGGUUGGCAUAUCUAAGAGUAAAGGAGACAAGCAUUCGCCUAAAGUGGUGAAAGCAGCAUCUCAGGUCCUCAAUAGUAUGUGGCAGUACAGAGACCUGAGAAGUCUCUACAAGAAGUGGGCGUCCCCAAGCUUCAGUGUGACUGAUGACAGAGGAUUUUCACCAACCCACGACUCUGGGUCAUGGCACGCUCAGCAUACUCUCUCCCAGAGCCAAGAAACCAGAAUCUAUUCCCCAACCCAGGACGGAUGGUCACAGUAUCACUUUGUAGCCUCAUCUUCAACAAUAGAAAGGGAUCGGCAAAGACCGUACUCUUCAUCACGCACGCCCUCCAUCUCUCCCGUGCGCAUGUCUCCUAACAACCGCUCAGCAAGUGCCCCAGCCUCACCUCGGGAAAUGAUCAGCCUAAAAGAAAGAAAAACAGACUAUGAAUCAACUGGAACCAACGCCACUUACCAUGGAAACAAGGGAGAACACACUUCUAGGAAAGACACCAUGACAGUGCUGGGCAUCAUGGUGUCCUCUUCUCCAAAUGCUGCUUCAGGGCAAGCAAAAAAAAUCACAGCGAGGAGUCACUCUGCACUUUCUGAAUGCCUGUUACCUUCUCCCAAGCCCUCUGCAGAGGUCUUCCACAGAGGCCAAAUGGGCUUCCUUUGUGUUCCUCUGCUCACUGGGGACACCAGGAACAUGCUGAUUCAGCAUCACACCAUCCAUACUAGCUUUCAAGACUGUAUUCAGGAUAUGAAGAUACUCAUUCUGCAUCUACUGUGUCAUAUGUGAUUGUGCAAGCAGAACCUGAAGGCCAGACUUGGAAUUUGUGUGAAAAUGCAAUAUGGAACAUUAAUUAGCAUGAAAGUGAAAAUCUGAAGAGACAAAUGACAGUUAAGAGCAUCUGGAAAACACAGGAAUUAGGAGUGUCCUGAGUGGCUUCUGCAGGGUACUACGGGGGAGUGCAGAAGAUUCAGUCAAGGUACUGCAUUUUAUGUAUCUGUAAUGUUUUGAGUGUUUCACAGUCACUACACAAGGUAGUUCUCUAAAACACUUGAGUGGUCCUUACUUGUCUGAUUAUGGAGGACAGGACUGCAGUUCUUUCAGCUAUUUGUCCAGGACCCAUGAAGGGUGAAUCUCAGGAAUAACAGCAUCAGGCUGAAAAGGAAAAUGCAGAAACAUUAGUAUUUUUUUCUAGCUGUAUUUGCAAAUUCAGACUAGCAAAUUAUAUCAGAACGCUCACCAAAAGGAGAGUCUCCAUGUUGAAAAUUUGUGUUUCCUUGCAGAUAGUCUUGUCUCACUCUAUACAUUAAAAAUGAGCUUUUCAUUUUCCCCACCCCUUUUCAUUUUGUUUUUUUAUUGUAGGGUUUUUCUUCUCUUGUUCCUGUUUCUCUUGUUUCCUUUCUCUUACAAUAUAAUUUUCAGAUUAUGAGGUUUCUACUACUCCAGCAACCUUUGCUCCCCUUUGAUAUUUGCAUUGUGUUUUCCUUUAAUAUCGCCUUGUUUUGUCUGUUUCUACUGAUUAUUUGGAUGGGCUUUUAAUAAGGAAACUUGAAACUCUCAGGAUCACGCCCAGCUAUCAGCUGUCUUUCCAGCUACUGAGCUCAGUGAGGAAAAAAAAACACCAAAUUUGAAUCAAAAAGUAUAAUAAUAUUUCACAGGACCAAUGUACAAAUAAGUAUGGAAUUAACAAAUAACUCUCUCUCUCUUUCAGAUCACCAAAUCUCUACUCAUUUGACCUAAGCUCCAAUUAAGCGCCAUUUUAAGAACAAAAGAAAAUCACAGAAGGAGUCUUGCUCAUCAACAUUCAACAUGACACUUGUGUAACUUAAUUGUAGCUCAUUAAAUAAUAAACAUUUGAUUGAAGAACAAUAUAAAAUCAGUGUUUGUGAUUUUUGUGAGAUUUUUACUUUACUGAAUGGCCUCAUAUAAGUUCAUGUAGCAAGUUCAUUGCAAUGUGUGUUUCCUUUUGUACAUCAGACAGUGCAUUGCAGCUGAUACAUUCACUUAGAUGGGACUUAGACUAAUGUUUUUUCACGUUUCACCUGGCAUAUACUGAUUUUGAUCUGCUCUUCUAUUUUUUUGACAAGCUGAUGUAUUACACAGAGCUUUCUUUGACUUAUGGAUUUACACAGAAUGUAGAGCCACAGCUCUAGUUCCAAUUUAUCCAUGACUGUCUCCAUGCUCUUCUCCAAAGCUCUUCUCAGUUUAUAGUUCAAAAAUUUUAUGACCUCUUAACUGGGAAUGAAAUGAAGGUAUUUUGAUGGAUUUUCAAAGUAGAAAUGUUGGCUUCCUGCCAUUGUGGGGAGUUGUCAGGAAACCUCUGGGAAAAAUGAAGAAACCAUGAAGUAAACAUUUUAGCUGAAGAUGAUAACAUAUUGAUUUCACAGGGAUAGCUAAAAAACUAGAGGCACAAUAUCAAAGUUCUCAUUGCCCUCUUCAUAGGUUUAUGAGGCCUUUCAUAUUUACUGUCCAUUUUCUCCUCCUUGUAGAUAAUAA